AUUCCUCGGUAAACUUUAGUUCCCGUGAUGAGCACUCGACAGGCGGACUGGAAAAACACUGAGCAUAGGAGAUAGGCCAUUGCAAUCGAAGCUUCGCAGGGAACUUGGUAGUUGAACGACUCCAAAAUGGCUCUUACUGGGGAGCAUGAUGACUACUCUCCGCUGCUUAAAGAGCGUGAUGCAUGUGGUGUUGGCUUUGUUGUCGAUAUCAAGGGCAAUGCGUCUCACCAGAUCCUCAGAGAAUCGCAAAGAAUGCUUGUUCAUAUGAACCAUCGUGGUGGAUGCCAAUGUGAUGACACCGGGGAUGGGGCAGGGGUAAUGACAGCAUUGCCCCAUAAAUUGUACAGGAAAUACCUGGCUGAAACAUUGUACAAUGGAGAUGAAGAUCAAGUUCCAAAAAUUGGAUCUUACGCAACUGGCAUUCUGUUUUUGGAUCUGGACCCAAAAAAGGCCUCACAUUGUAUGUGUGAAAUGGAGAAGAUUGCUCAUGAAUGCUCCCUUCAGGUAAUAGCAUGGAGAGACGUGCCAUACAAUAACGAGUGCAUAGGAGACUGGGCACGAAAUUUGAAACCGAUAAUAAAGCAGAUUUUUGUAAGCAGUAAUUUGCCACAGGAUGAGUUCAAAAAACAGGUUUACUUAAUGAGAAAAACAGCAACCCACAAAAUACCACAGCACGACCGAAGAUUCUACUUGUGCAGUUUAUCGUCUGAGACUGUUGUAUACAAGGGGCUUCUAACUCCAAAACAGUUGCCGCAGUUCUAUCUGGAUUUGCAGGAUGAAGACUUUGAGACUCACUUCUCUCUGGUACAUAGCCGAUUCUCAACCAACACCAACCCUAGCUGGGAAAGGGCACACCCUCAAAGACUUCUUGCUCAUAAUGGUGAAAUAAACACAAUUCAAGGAAAUAUAAAGAACAUGAUAGCGAGAGAAGGAAACAUGCAAAGCAAAUAUUAUGGAAAUAAUUUACAGAGAUUGUUUCCAGUCAUUGAAGCUGAGCAAUCGGAUUCUGGUUGUGUCGAUAAUGUAAUCGAAUUUCUUGUGAUGGCAGGAAACCGAUCCCUACCGGAGGCGGUGAUGACUUUAGUACCAGAAGCAUGGCAGAACGACAUUCAUAUGGGUAGUGAGAAGAAGAAUUUUUACAAAUGGGCAUCAUGUUCCAUGGAAGCAUGGGAUGGACCAGCCCUGUUCACUUUUUCUGAUGGGCAAUAUGUUGGCGCGGUGCUUGACAGAAAUGGCCUACGACCUUCCCGCUAUUACCUCACAAAAGAUGGUCUUAUGAUCAUGGCUAGUGAAGUUGGUGUUUCUUCAGUUGUCCCGGAGCAAGUGAUAUACAAGGGUCGCCUAAUGCCCGGUAGAAUGCUGCUAGUGGACACUAAGCUCGGAUCCAUUAUAAAAGACGAUGAACUAAAGCAUAUCAUUUCAACUGCACGACCUGUAAAGCACUGGAUCGAAGAAAAUUUGUUAACACUUCAACAUUUUCGUGACGCAUAUAUGAAGAAGCAUGCAAGAGAGCCUGAUGAGAUUCCACCAGAACGAGAAUCGUCUACAAUGGGAGGCAGAUCAGUUGAAACAGAUCGAAGAAUGCCCCUGUUUGGUUACUCCGUGGAGGAUUUGAAUAUGCUUCUGUUGCCGAUGAUAAUCAACUCAAAAGAAGCUUUGGGGUCAAUGGGAAACGACACGCCCCUGGCUUGCAUGACCAUGUACCCACAACUUGUCUUCGAUUAUUUCAAACAGCUUUUUGCACAGGUGACCAACCCCCCGAUUGAUCCAUUCAGGGAAAAAAUAGUUAUGUCAUUGGAAUGUCCAAUCGGUCCAGAGGCAAACAUUUUGGAACCUUCAGAGGACCAAUGCAAAAGAAUCAUUCUUGACAGUCCAAUCUUGUCGUCAGGAGAUCUGGUGCUUCUAACGAGCUCUUCGCUUCCAAAAUGGGAGACAGAAAUAAUCGACAUUGUUUACCCAGUUGAAGAAGGACUUGAUGGCUUAGUGCCUGCCUUGGACGGAAUUUGCGACAAGGCUUUCCAAUCUGUUAAGAAUGGAAAACCCUUGAUUUUACUGACCGACAGAAAAGCUGGACCAAAUUUUGUACCAAUAAGCUCCCUUUUGGCAACCGGCGCCGUUCACCAGUACUUAGUAAAGAUGAAGUCAAGGCGACUUGUGAGCAUUCUCGUAGAGACUGGAGAAGCAAGGGAAAUUCACCACAUGUGUCUUCUUCUUGGUUACGGCGCGGAUGCAGUUUGCCCCUACUUGGUUUUUGAGACUUUCAGCAAACUUAGGGAAGAAGGUCUGAUGGAGCCUCCUUUGACAGAUCACCAAAUAAUUGAAAACUACAAAACUGCAGCUCAUACAGGCAUCCGGAAAGUUAUGGCCAAAAUGGGAAUAUCCACUCUUCAUAGUUACAAGGGAUCCCAAAUAUUCGAAGCAGUUGGGCUGGCAAAGGAGGUGAUGGACAAAUGCUUUACUGGCACAGCGUCGAGAAUAGCUGGCACCAAUUUCAAAAUUCUUGCACAAGAAGCACAUGAUCGACACCGUCUGGCAUUUUCUGAGCGCGAAUGCGACAAUCUUCUCAUGAAUAACAAGGGAGAUUAUCAUUGGCGUGAUGGUGGAGAAAUGCAUGUAAAUGAUCCAAGAAGUAUUGCCCAUCUGCAAAAUGCAACUCGAAACAACAACACUAUUGCCUAUGAGAAAUAUGUGAAGUCGACAAUGCUAACGAUAGAGGCAUGUACCCUGCGAGGGCAAUUUGAUUUUAGGUAUAGUAAAGAGGCAGUUCCACUUGAAGAGGUUGAAGAUGCUGCAAGCAUUGUAAAACGCUUUUGCACAGGAGCUAUGAGCUUUGGAUCAAUUUCCGAAGAGACACACACCACGUUGGCCAUUGCUAUGAACAGGAUUGGUGGCAAGAGCAACAGCGGAGAAGGGGGUGAAGAUCCUUCCCGUUACAAGGUCUACGAUUUGAAUAACAGCAAGCGUUCUUCUAUCAAGCAAAUUGCUUCUGGUAGAUUUGGAGUUACCAGUGCAUAUUUAGCUAAUGCAGAUGAUCUUCAGAUUAAGAUGGCACAGGGAGCAAAGCCUGGUGAGGGUGGUGAGCUUCCAGGCCAUAAAGUCACUGAAAUGAUCGCCAAAACGAGGCAUUCUGUUCCUGGUGUUGGCUUAAUUAGCCCUCCUCCGCAUCAUGAUAUCUACUCCAUCGAGGAUCUUGCUCAGCUUAUUUAUGAUUUGAAAUGCGCUAACCCUACCGCAAGGAUAAGCGUGAAACUCGUUUCAGAAGUUGGUGUUGGGGUUAUUGCAUCUGGUGUGGCCAAGGGGCUGGCAGAGCACAUUGUCAUAUCUGGACACGAUGGAGGGACUGGAGCGAGCAGUUGGACUGGAGUUAAGCACGCAGGGUUGCCAUGGGAACUUGGUCUUUCAGAGACUCAUCAGACGCUGGUGCAAAAUAAGUUAAGAGACAGGAUUAUUUUACAAACAGAUGGUCAGAUGAGGACAGGUCGCGAUGUUCUUGUGGCAGCCUUGCUGGGGGCUGACGAGUUUGGAUUUUCCACUGCCCCUUUGAUUGCACUUGGAUGCACGAUGAUGCGAAAAUGCCAUCUUAAUACAUGUCCAGUAGGAGUUGCAACUCAGGAUCCUGUUUUAAGAGAAAAGUUUGACGGAAAACCAGAAUACGUAAUCAAUUAUUUCUUCAUGGUUGCUGAAGAGGUCCGCUUGCUCUUGUCCCAAAUGGGAGUCAGAAGCAUGCAGGAAGUUAUUGGCCAGUCACAUCUUUUGAAACCAUUGGAUACUGCAUAUAACGAGAAGACCGCCCUUUUGGAUUUUGGCACAAUAUUGAGAAACCCAGAACAAUCCAGUCCAGUAAAACAGAUCGGAGGAACUGUGGAACAAGACUUUAACUUGGCUUCGCGCAAGGAUUGGAUACUGAUUCAAAAGGCUCAAGAUGUAAUCGAUGGAAAGUUAGAGAAAGUUAAACUUGAAAUGGAGGUGGAGAAUAUUGAUAGGACCUUUGCAUCAACUCUCAGCUAUGAAAUAUCCAGACGCCAUCUUGAAAAUGGUUUACCUGAAGAUAGUAUCCACAUAAAAUUGAAUGGAUGUGGAGGACAGAGUUUUGGAGCGUUUUUGGCCCCUGGUGUCACUUUGGAACUUGAAGGAGAUGCCAAUGACUAUAUUGGUAAAGGCUUAUCUGGUGGCAAGAUAAUAAUUUAUCCUAGCAAGAAACACGACGAAAGCUUCAAAGCUGAGGAUAAUAUUAUUGUAGGCAAUGUUUGUCUGUACGGUGCAACAUCAGGGAAGGCAUUUUUCAGAGGAAUUGCAGCUGAAAGAUUCUGUGUUAGAAACUCAGGUGCCAUUGCAGUUGUUGAGGGAUGUGGUGACCAUGGCUGUGAAUACAUGACAGGAGGGUUAUCAGUCAUUCUUGGGGAAACAGGACGAAAUUUUGCUGCCGGAAUGAGUGGCGGUAUUGCUUAUGUUCUUGAUAGGAAAAAGACAUUUGCAUCUUUUUGCAAUACAGAGAGAGUCGCUCUGGAUCCGCUAGAUGAUGAUGAUGUCGCAAAGCUGUACAAUGUCAUUAAAGAGCAUUACUUUUACACGAAAUCAGCUGUUGCCAAGGAUGUUUUGGAAAACUGGAGCCAUGUGACAAGUCUAUUUGUAAAGGUAUUUCCCCAUGAAUAUCGGCGUGCAUUGCAGCAACUCAAAGAGCAGAAAGAGGUUCAAGAAAAGACCAAAGAAGUUCCAAAGCCAGUUCCGGUUAAUGAUGUGCCAAAUGCCAAGGAUGAUUUACUUGACAUCGAGGACACAGUAAGCAACCAAGUCCACGAAGAAAACAUAAUAAACAAAGUUCUUGAUAAACAGAGUGGAUUCAUCAAGUAUGAAAGAAGUUCCAACAUGUAUCGUCCAGCUGGACAAAGAGUCAAAGAUUGGGAGGAGAUUUAUAGCAGAAAAAAGAAAAAGGAACUGAAGGUACAAGCUGCCAGAUGUAUGGAUUGUGGAGUCCCUUUCUGUCAGUCUCACACUGGGUGCCCGCUUGGCAAUGUUAUCCCCAAAUGGAAUGAUUUGGUUUUCCAGAACAAGUGGAAAGAAGCCCUUGAUCGUCUUCUUCAAACAAACAAUUUUCCCGAGUUUACUGGUCGUGUUUGUCCAGCUCCAUGUGAGGGAGCUUGUGUCUUAAGCAUAAAUGCCAAACCUGUGACUAUCAAGUCCAUUGAGUGUGCAAUCAUUGACUAUGGAUUUGAAAAUGGAUUGAUGCAGCCCCAGAUCCCUGCAAUGAGGACAGGAAAAAAGGUUGCUAUCAUAGGCAGUGGUCCUUCAGGCUUAGCUGCCGCUGCGCAGCUCAACAAGGCUGGGCAUCUUGUGACCGUCUAUGAGAAGAAAGAUCGUUGUGGUGGCCUGUUGAUGUAUGGAAUCCCGAGUAUGAAACUAAGCAAACAGAUUGUUCAGCGAAGAAUAACGUUAAUGGAGGCCGAGGGAAUAACUUUCAAGACAAAUUGUGAAAUUGGGCAGAAUGUUGCUACAAAUGAAAUUAUGGAUGGAUACGAUGCUGUUUUGCUUGCUGUUGGCUCGAUAUGUCCAAGAGAUCUUCGACUGCCAGGGAGAAAUCUGAAAGGCAUACACUUUGCCAUGGAGUUCUUAGAACUAUCCCAGAAGCAUCGGCUUGGCCAAUACAAUCUGCCAAAAUUAGAUGCAAAAGGCAAAGACGUGAUCAUCAUUGGAGGUGGUGACACAGGAGUUGAUUGCAUUGGCACUGCAAUUAGACAGGAAGCUGCAUCUGUCAUAACAUUUGAAAUUCUAAGCGAGCCUUCGCGGACAAGAGGACCGAAUAACCCAUGGCCAACGUGGCCUAGAAUCUUCAGGGUUGAGUAUGGGCACGAAGAGGCUUCCUUGAAAUAUGGGAAAGACCCAAGAUUCUACAAUAUUAUGUCUAAAGAAUUCGUUGGUGAUGAUCUUGGCAAUGUAACUGGAGUGAGAGCAGUGGAAAUUUCAUGGGUCAAGGAUGCCAGUGGCCGUUGGGUUGCAGAGGAGCUGAAGGACACUGAACAGAUCUUUUCUGCGGAUAUUGUUCUCAUUGCACUUGGUUUUAUUGGCCCCGAGAAAUGCCUCUCAAAUUCACUUGGAGUUGAAACAAAUAUUCGUUCCAAUUUUGCAACGCCCUCUGGAAAAUACAAUACAAAUGUAGAAAAGGUUUAUGCAGCUGGAGACUGUCACUAUGGACAAUCUUUAAUUGUCACUGCCAUUGCGGAAGGACGCCAGGCUGCAAGACAGAUUGAUUUGGACUUGAUGGGAACCACGUUUUUAGCUGGUCCCGGCGGAGAGGUAAUCAUACCCAGGCCUCCACCGCGUCAUGAUGAUUCUUGAACUAACCAGCUUAAAGCAGUUUAGUGGACUGUGUCGAAUGUUUAGAAUUUUAGGAUCAUAACAUGAUUGAAAUAAAUGGUUGGUGGUUUGUUCAUGAAUAGAAUUUUGCCGUGAUCAUGGUCAAGAAUCACAAUCAUCAAUAAGGUUGCAGCUAGCUUCGAAUAAUGAUAAUCUGUAACUAAAAUCCGUAUUGAGUAAGAAAAUGACAAGUGUUAGUGCUCGCGAAGAUAUGGAAAUAAAUUGCAGUGUCCCGAGUUAAUGAAUAAUAUGUCUAAUUCUAUUAAGUACUUCGUGUUUAUAAAAUGAGAAACUGUUUCUUGUAAUUGGUAUGAAAUGGACUGUAACAAUAGCUUCUGUGCUGCUUGAUAUUUUCUUAUCAACAUAAAUUAAUUUUCUUGUUUCUUGAUGUAGAAUAUGUAGAUAAUUAUUUUACGUUUUAAAAAGCUGAAUUUUAUCGAAAAAUUUGGACACAAAACAUCUGAUAGUUGUACCUUGUUAAAAUACCAUUUGGAUACAAAACAUUUGAUAGUUGUACCUUGUUAAAAUACCAUUUGGAUACAAAACAUUUGAUAGUUGUACCUUGUUAAAAUACCAUUUGGAUACAAAACAUUUGAUAGUUGUACCUUGUUAAAAUACCAUU